AUGGCUGCUGCUGUAAAUUCAGCUACACUGAGUGACAACGUGAGGUCGAGCUCUCCUGCAAAGUUGUCCAGCGGGUGUAAAGUUACGAGCGGGCAGGACACACCUCUAGAGGGAGUUCCCGGGGAGGUGGAAACAAGGAGCCGAUCAUUUCUCCCUGUAGAAAGUCAGGAGCCCUUUCACUUGAGAGGGUGGUUACCUCCGCCGGCGGCUGUACGUCUUGCCAGCGGUAUCCGUGCCGCCAGAGAAAUGCCCGGGAUGGGCAGCUCUUUACGCGCGGCUGCCCUCCUGGCUUUCGUGGUUCUUUCAGUUCUGGUGGCACUUCUGAUCAGCAGCGUGCAGCAGUUUGGAGCAAGAACAUCGCACUUUUCUACAGCAACUUCUGGUGAUGACGAGGAGUUAGCGUCGCUCCGCGAGGCGUUGAUUUACCAGCUCGGCGAGAGGCGGAAAGAAAUUAUUCCGCUGCUUUCACCUGGUGGUGAUGAUGAUGAUGGUGGUGGUGAAAACGGACUGUUAGGAGAAAGUCGGCAUUUUUCCCAGCACGACUCGACUUUGGAUUCCAGUCUAUGGAAUGAGAUCACAGUUGGCUCCCGGAAAGCGCAUCUGGAUGAAAUGGGUUGUGAUUCUCUGGUGGACAUGCAGGCGGUGGAGAUCCUCGGCUCUGGAUACACUAAGCUGGUUGUCAAAGUGAAUCUGGCCGGAGGUCAGCCUGUGGCGCUGAAACUCGUCAACGAGCAGGGCAUAGACAUGGGGAAGUGCGUGGAGGAUUUUAAAGAUCCUCAGGGCUGUCGUGAGCUCGUUUCCUUCAAGCUGAAGAAAGAAAUGGUGCUUUUGCAAAGGCUGCAGCAUCCGAACGUCAUUAAGCUCAAAGGUCACUGUGCAGGAGGCCCAGGAGGAAGAGGAGGAGAGGGAGGAAGAGUCACAGUCAUUCUGGAGCAGGGGAACCCUCUCCAGAUGAUCCAGCUGCUCCAGAGCCCCUGGGAGGACAGAUUCAGAGUGUGUCUGGACCUGGUCAGGCUCCUCCACUUCCUCUCUCGGUCUCCUCUGGGCUCUGUGGGCCUGCUGGACUUCCAGCCUCGGCAGUUUGUCACCGUGUCUGGCUCUCUGAAGCUCACGGACCUGGAUGAUGCCAGCGCAGAGGAGACCACCUGUCACACAGAUGCAGACUGCACGCUCCAGUUUCCACACAGAAACUUCACUCUGCCCUGCUCGGCUCAGGGUGUGUGUGAAGGGCUAAAUGAGAAGAGGAACAUUUACAAUGCCAACACGUAUUUUUUCACCUACCUGCUGCCUCACCAGGCCCCACCCAGCCUCACACACCUGGUAGACCGCAUCAUGAACGCCACAGGGGAGCUGAAAGCUGACAUCAAUCAGACUCUGGAGGCCUUUGAACACAUCCUCCUCCUCUACAAGUCUGGCCUACACCUGGACAACCUGCCUCCAUCAAUAAUCAGAGACUACACUGUGAUGCGAGGGAUGGGGACUUCUGGGAAUGUGGAGUACCGUUGCUGGCCAUCCUACAGCCAGCAGGGCUGCGUGUUGUCAGUCCACAGUGCCAGAGAGGCAGCGCACAUCUGUAACUCCCAUUCUCAGUGUAACAGCUUCACACUGACGGGACAGAAGACAUGGACAGGCCGCCUCCUAGCCUCUUUCAGGAGCGGCUUCAGUCACCUGGUGCCUGAUGGGACUUCAGAAGUUUAUGUAAAGAAGACCAAAGUUCUUGAAAAGUCGACGGUGUGACGUAUAAUCGAGCUAAGCGAACGCGCUUCUGUCCAAGGGGAGUUCUUGGAGAAGUGGGUUGGAGAGUCGGCACGCAGCGGGGCAAUGGGAAGUAAUGCGAGACGUGGCGCUUGAGAAGAGAACUGUGUCCUCCUGUUUAACGAGUCGAGCGCAGCACGGUGGAUCUGCGGGAGCAGCGUAGAGACCGGGCUGACGAGGAGGCGUUUGAAGUGAGCAACUGAAUGUGAUGUAUUUAUAGGGCUUCUUGCUCGGUGACUGUUUGAUCUGCCUGCCAGCUCACUCCCUCUGCCAGCUACUAUUUAAAGGGAUUUCCCUUCAGGUACAAUUAAGGAGGGAGAGCCUUGUGCCCUUGACAUUUUUCUUUUUUCUUUUUUUUUUAAACUUUGCCUUUAUUUGCCAUGUGUGUCAGCUUUCAGUGUGAGGCCGGGUCCCUGUAGUCAGAUUUUUUUAAAACCAAAGAGGUAAUAGGAACAGUGUUUGAAGCACGAGGACGAGAAAAGAAAACAAGCUCUUAUACAAAUAUACUUUGAUGUUAAUGCAAUGAGGUUGUGGCUGUUUUUUCCAUGGUUCCCUGGCUUAGCUGCACUGUCGUAUGAGAUGGCAACAACCAUGUAAGCAUUUACACAUCAACAAUGAGCAAAGAUGAUCAAAACCAUUCCAGAGCACAGUCUUUUUUCUUUUUUUUAGAUGCUUUUGUGCACUUAGUUAUAGUGUUUAGUUCCUAAAUAUUUAUAUGAUCAAAUGUACUGUAAUUGUUCUUGCAUGUUUGUGCAUUACAGCUUACAUGCACCUUGUGGGUGAUACUUUUAUUUUCAAUGAAAAAAUAUUCUUUUGCCAUUUGUUUUUGUUUUUUUUUAUACUUCCCUUGUUAUGCUUGUACAUUUUUACAGUUUUUAAAG